GCGACUGGGGAGGACGCGGCCAUGGCGCGCUGCUGCGCGGCGCUGAGCGCCUUCCUGUUCGAGUACGACACGCCGCGCAUCGUGCUCAUCCGCAGCCGGAAAGUGGGGCUGAUGAACCGCGCGGUGCAGCUGCUCAUCCUGGCCUACGUCAUCGGGUGGGUGUUUGUGUGGGAGAAAGGCUACCAGGAAACGGACUCUGUGGUCAGCUCAGUUACUACCAAAGCCAAGGGCGUGGCUGUCACCAACACUUCUACCCUGGGAUUCCGGGUCUGGGAUGUGGCCGAUUAUGUGAUUCCAGCUCAGGAGGAAAACUCCCUCUUCAUCAUGACCAACAUGAUCAUCACCACGAACCAGACCCAGGGCCUCUGUCCUGAGAUUCCAGAUAAGACCACUGUGUGUGAAUCAGAUGCCAACUGUACCGCCAGCUCUGCAGGCACCCACAGCAACGGGGUCCAGACGGGCAGAUGCGUGCAGUUCAACAAAACCCUGAAGACAUGUGAGGUAGCAGCCUGGUGCCCGGUUGAGGAUUACUUGGAGGUGCCAAGGCCUGCAUUCCUAAAGGCUGCAGAAAACUUCACUAUUUUGGUUAAGAACAACAUCUGGUACCCCAAGUUUAAUUUCAGCAAGAGAAAUAUCCUGCCCAACGUCACCACCACCUACCUCAAGUCGUGCACGUACGAUGCGGUUACAGAUCCCUUCUGCCCCAUAUUCCGCCUUGGCAAAAUAGUAGAGUCUGCGGGCCAUAGCUUCCAGGACAUGGCCGUGGAGGGAGGCAUCAUUGGCAUCCAGAUCAACUGGGCCUGCAACCUGGACCGAGCAGCCUCCCUCUGCCUGCCCCAGUACUCCUUCCGCCGCCUGGACACCCGGGACCUCAGCCACAACGUGUCUCCCGGCUACAACUUCAGGUUUGCCAAGUACUACAAGGACCUGACAGGCACUGAGCACCGCACACUCACCAAGGCCUACGGCAUCCGCUUUGACAUCAUCGUGUUUGGAAAGGCUGGGAAAUUUGACAUCAUCCCUACCAUGAUCAACAUUGGCUCCGGCGUGGCGCUCUUAGGGGUGGCGACGGUAUUGUGUGACAUCAUCGUCCUCUACUGCAUGAAGAAAAAGUACUACUAUCGGGAGAAGAAAUACAAAUAUGUGGAGGACUAUGAGCAGGGUCUUGGUGACCAGAUGGACCAGUGAUGCCCACCCACAGCCGGGCUCCCCACGGCCCUCCCCCCAGCACGGCCAAGAGGGAGUCGGGGCAGCCACGUCACCACUGACAAAGAUCCAGAUUCUGAUCAACUCCAUUCCACUCGUGCUUCCAGGUGGCCCCGCCGCCCAUUUCAUGGGUUUGCAGACCAGGCUGGCCCAGUGGGUCAUCCCUCCUGUUCCUGCAACUUGGGGUGGCUGGGAUGAUCUCUGGCCCGAGGGCAAGGACUCCUCGUGGCUGCAGGGCCUGGCCCUCUCCAGGCCCAGCUUCCUGUUCAGCUGCCCUCUCCCCCACUUUAGACACGUGCGGUCCUCCGAGGCCCACAGCUCUGUUGAAGCACUUUACCAAGAAAAGUAGGACCCUGGUGUGGUCGCGCUCCAGAGCCAGCCUGGGCUGUUGCUCCUCUUCCUAGCCAGAGGCUCCAUCUCCCCACUCACCAGGAGUUGGUUGUUUUCCUCUAAGGAGAGCCCGCUGAGGUGAUUAAGGACCAAACAUUAAAACAGACGAUUUUCUUAAUCUUUGCGUUG